AUGCGUCUUAUUGAUACGGCCCGGGUUUACAAUGUCGAAGAGCAAGUCGGAAGGGGAAUUAAGAAGAGCGGAAUUCCUCGCGAGGAGAUUUUCCUCGGCACAAAGUUAUGGUGCAAUAACUAUCAUCCCGAUGAUGUGGAGCGCGCUGUGGAUGAUUCCCUCCGAGAUCUGGACACUCCAUACGUUGAUCUACUGUUGAUGCACUACCCCUGCACCUUUAAGCGAGGCCCUGAUCGAUUCCCUCGGGAUGCUGAUGGUAGAAUGAUUCACGGCGAGACGACAUAUCUGGAUACCUGGAAAGCGAUGGAGAAAGUAACGAAGACUGGCAAGGUCAAAGCUAUUGGCGUCUCGAAUUUCAGUCGUAGCGAAAUUGACACCCUGAUCGACGGAUCUUCUACGGUCCCGGCUGUCCACCAAAUGGAGGUUCAUCCCUACCUACAACAAAAAGGGUUCAACGAGUGGCUUCGGACAAAGGGAAUUCACGUUGUUCAAUUUAGCCCACUCGGCAAUAUGAAUGACUUUUACCGACACACUGGAUGGUCCAAAGAGAUUUCGCAUAUGAUGCGGGUUAUUGACCAGCCAAUUCUGAAGGAAAUUGGCCAGAAAUAUGGCAAGAGCCCCGUACAGGUGGUACUCGCGUGGGGUAUUAAUAGCGGCCGCUCUGUCAUUCCCAAGAGUAUCGUUGACUGGCAGGUUCUGGAGAACUUGGAGGCUGACUUUGAGUUGCAGCCUGAGGAGAUGGCUCAGAUCGCAACCUUGGAUGCGAAGGCUCGCUUCAAUGAUCCUAGCUUGGACUAUGAAUGGCGGUUAUACAGCGACCUCGAGGGUAUUGAAGGUACUAUGAGGGGAAAAACUCACUAG